UCCAACAAAAUGUCCACCACCACAACCGCUGCCUCAUCAACCUCCACCUCCUGCGGCUGGAACAUCCCCAUCCAAGACGUCGCCUGCGGUCUCCCCAGCAGAAGCAACAACACCGCCAUCAUGUCCAAAUGCUGCGACCCAGCCUCCGUCCAAGAAACCGAUACCGGCUGCAACUACUACUGUCUGGCUCAGGAGCAGUCUGUCAGCGACCUGGUCUCUUGCUUUACUACCAAUGGCGCUAGUCACGGCGAGGUCAUUUGCAAUGCGCCGUUAAAUGCGACGGCCACGGCUAGUGUGACGGCUUCGGGUACGGGUACUGGUACGGCUACUUUAAGCUCGGGUUUUAGCUCCAGCACGAGUACUGCGACUGGGAUGGCUUCGACAGUGGGGGUGUCGAAGUCGGGAUUGGGGUUGUUGGCGGUUGCUUUGGGGACGAUGGUUUUG